CCAGUCGAGGAAUUGGUGAUCACACUCGUUUCUUGAACGUUUGGACAGCAUUUCAUCACUUGGUCGCGAUUUUCUGGUUCAGAAUUUUCCAGGAAGGAUCCCAGCCGGAGAAAUUUCCGGGCAGAAUUGCCCCGAUUGCUGGUCUGAUCACAGAAGGACGAUAUGCCUACUGCAUCAAAGAGCAGUUUCACACAAGGUUCUGACAGGCUGCUAAAGGACACAUGUUUAAAUGAAAUUGGUACUAAUAAAGUGAAGCAACUCACUGUACAAGCCCCGCAUGGGCCCGGUGUAUCUCAAAGUCAUGGCAUAUGUGCACAGGCAACACUACAUCAUGGUCAGAAGAAUGGUUUGGACUCGACACAAAAAAAAUCAUACCAGAGCUGGAGUGCCAGCACUGUCCAUGCUGUUGCUACCCAAAUUCAGAAGACAAAGAGAGUUUUCACCUUUGGCAAAGGAAGGAGUGAAGGCAAUAUGAGCAUGAAGUCCUUGUUGGGAGGAAAAGGUGCAAAUCUUGCUGAAAUGGCAAGCAUAGGUUUAUCAGUUCCUCCAGGACUUACAAUUUCAACUGAAGCUUGUCAAGAAUAUCAAGAAAAUGGGAAGAAACUUCCAGAAGGUUUAUGGGAUGAAGUAAUGGAGGGCCUGCAAACAAUUGAAAUGGAUAUGGGUGCUUCCCUUGGCGAUCCUGUGAAGCCAUUACUCCUGUCAGUUCGCUCAGGAGCUGCGAUCUCCAUGCCUGGUAUGAUGGACACAGUGCUGAAUCUUGGCCUUAACGAUGAUGUCGUUGAUGGAUUGGCUGCAAAAAGUGGUGAACGCUUUGCAUAUGACUCAUACAGACGCUUCCUUGACAUGUUUGGUGAUGUGGUACUCGGGAUUCCUCACUCCUUGUUUGAGGCAGAACUAGAGAAGAUCAAAUCUGAAAAAGGUAUAAGCCUUGAUACUGAGUUGACAGCUUCUGAUCUUAAAGACAUAGUUACAAGGUACAAAAAGGUGUAUCUUGAUGCUAGAGGCGAACAGUUCCCCUCAGAUCCGAAAAGACAACUAUAUUUGGCUAUUUUGGCUGUUUUUAAUUCAUGGGACAGCCCUAGAGCAAUUAAAUACAGAAGCAUCAACCAGAUACAUGGAUUGAGAGGAACUGCUGUGAAUGUGCAGUGCAUGGUGUUUGGUAAUAUGGGAAAUACCUCUGGUACUGGCGUUUUGUUCACUAGGAAUCCUAGCACAGGCGAGAAAAAGCUUUAUGGCGAGUAUCUAAUUAAUGCACAGGGAGAGGAUGUAGUUGCAGGCAUUCGAACACCUGAGAAUAUUGACACACUGAAGCGCUUUAUGCCAGAAGCAUAUAAUGAGAUUGUAGAAAACUGUGAAAUUCUGGAAAAGCAUUACAAGGAUAUGAUGGACAUAGAGUUUACUAUACAGGAGAGUAGGCUAUGGAUGCUGCAAUGCAGGACCGGGAAGCGUACAGGGAAAGGUGCUGUAAAAAUUGCUGUAGAUAUGGUCAAAGAAGGACUUAUUGAUACCCAAACAGCCAUCAAAAUGGUGGAACCCAGGCAUCUUGAUCAACUUCUUCAUCCACAGUUUGAGGAUCCAAAAGUAUACAAAGAUAAAGUGCUUGCAACUGGCUUGCCUGCUUCUCCAGGAGCUGCUGUUGGUCAGAUUGUUUUUCAUGCAGAUGAUGCAGAGGCGUGGCAUGCACAAGGGAAGACUGCCAUUUUGGUGAGGAUGGAUACUAGCCCAGAAGAUGUUGGUGGUAUGCAUGCUGCUCAAGGAAUACUGACAGCUAGAGGUGGCAUGACAUCACAUGCUGCUGUUGUUGCUCGAGGCUGGGGAAAAUGUUGUGUCUCUGGAUGUUCCGAUGUUCGUGUGAAUGAUGUUGAUAAGACUGUGGUGAUUGGGGAGGAAGUGCUUAGUGAAGGUGAUUGGUUGUCACUUAAUGGCACUACAGGUGAAGUCAUUAUGGGAAAGCAGCAACUCUGUCCCCCAGCUCUUAGUGGUGAUCUAGGUACCUUUAUGACAUGGGUUGAUGAAAGAAGGAAGCUUAAGGUAAUGGCGAAUGCAGAUACACCUGAUGAUGCAGUAACUGCCAGAAAUAAUGGUGCAGAAGGCAUUGGACUUUGCAGGACAGAACACAUGUUCUUUGCAUCAGAUGAGAGGAUUAAGGCUGUGAGGCAGAUGAUCAUGGCUCCAACUCCUGAGAAGAGGAAGGAAGCACUUGACCUGCUCUUGCCUUAUCAGCGGUCUGAUUUUGAAGGCAUUUUUCGUGCAAUGGAUGGUCUUCCUGUGACAAUACGACUAUUAGAUCCACCAUUGCAUGAGUUUCUACCAGAAGGGGAUAUUAAUGAGAUUGUUGCAAACUUAUCUUCAGACACAAAUGUAUCAGAAGAUGAAGUAUUUAGCAGAAUUGAGAAACUCUCAGAAGUCAACCCAAUGCUAGGCUUUCGCGGUUGCAGGCUGGGUAUUUCAUACCCUGAGUUAACAGAAAUGCAAGCUCGAGCUGUUUUUGAGGCUGCAAUUGCUAUGAGCAACCAAGGUGUUGAAGUUUUCCCGGAAAUAAUGGUUCCUUUGGUUGGAACCCCCCAGGAAUUAAAGCAUCAAGUCGAAUUGAUUCGUCAAGUUGCCGAAAAUUUGUUUGCAGCGACAGGCACUUCCCUAAGUUAUAAAGUUGGAACUAUGAUCGAGAUCCCCAGGGCGGCACUUGUUGCAAAUGAGAUUGCGGAGCAUGCAGAGUUCUUCUCAUUUGGGACUAAUGACCUUACCCAAAUGACAUUUGGUUAUAGCAGAGAUGAUGUGGGAAAGUUUCUUCCAACAUACCUAGCAAAUGGACUUCUCCAAAAUGACCCUUUUCAAGUGCUUGAUCAAAAAGGAGUUGGUGAGUUGAUUAAAAUUGCUGUAGAGAGGGGUCGUUCAGCUAGGCCUGAUUUGAAGUUGGGCAUAUGUGGAGAACAUGGCGGUGAGCCCUCAUCUGUGGCAUUUUUUGCGGAGGCAGGAUUAGACUAUGUAUCAUGCUCACCAUUCCGGGUUCCGAUUGCAAGGCUAGCUGCAGCUCAGGUUGCCAUUUGAUAUAAUGUAAAUAUAAUAAAUGUUCUGUUUCAAAUAACAAAAUGACAUUGGCUGGGUUGAUGCUCAGUGAUGUUGUGUUUCCAUGGUUGAUGAUGAAUUACUUUGGUGCAUCACACCUUGUGAUAAAGUAUCUUAUUUCCUGAUCA